AUGAAAAUCAUCAAACGACCUGGCCAACAAAAUCCUGCCUCAGAGGCUGAAGCCAAAAUGAUGAACAAAGCAAUACCAUUGAGAAAGACAUCAUGGAGGUUCUUGUUUAUUGUUUUAGUGAGUUUGGGAAGUGUGUUUGCAGGAGCUGAAACCGCCCACCGAAUAUUCAAACCCGAUAUUACCAUCAAACCUGAUUUACCAUCAUUGCGUUCGGAAAAGAAGAGCUCCACGAAUUAA